ACCGGCCCGGCUGGGGAGGAGAGAGGCGCUGUCUGGCAUCCACCCGCCCGCUAGCGGCUUCGCAAUUGCUCGCUCCAUAAUAAAGUUCCCCCGGUCCGUGUUUGGGCGGGUUUUUUUGACAGCUGGGCGCAGACGGCCUCUGCCGGAUCUCCCGGGUUUGCCCAAGCAAAGUUUCCCAUUUCUUCUCCCCACCUCCUCUCACCCUUCCCCGGGACCAAUAACAAGCAGCUCUGAGGUACGGGGAAGGGGGGGCGGGAGGAGGAAAAGGAAGCAGCAUCGUGUUGUUUCAGUUUUGGGACGACUUAUCCACCCCCCCUCCCCUCCGCAACCUGUGGAAGGCUCAGGCUCAAAUUUCUUUGCCUCUUGACCCCUGAAAAGCCUUCUCUUCGCUGGCUUUUCUCCCCUCCCCGACGCGAAAGUUUGGGUGUGAAAACCUGAGAGACUUUGUGAAAAAAUAAAUCACCUGGACGGUUGCUGAGAUCUUGGAAAGAACGAGGGUGGGGGGAGAGACUUGUAGGGGGAGAGGAAGCAGGAGAAACGAAGGGCCGGUGCAGGCGCCGCCGUUGUGAGGAGCUCCAGAGCCAGGGGGUGCACUUGACAAGGAGCAUGCAGAGAUGGUAAGAAGUUCCGACAUCCUUUCUUUAUUUCCUUAAAAAAAAAAAAAAAAAUAGGCGAAGGAUUUUUUCCCCCGGUAAAACGUGCCGUCAUGCAAACAGCCCAGCCUGGAAGCGUAUUUCUAAAACCUUCGCAACAAACAAGCAGCGGGGCGAAACAUUCCUGCGCUGCACGGACCCGGGAAAAAGGGAGGGGGGAGGCUGGGAGGGCAGGGGAGUGUCAGGAUUUAAAAGUUUGUCCAAAGUUUUCCCCCUCCCUCCCCUGCGUGAGUGAAGAGAAGGACUUGGAUGCGCGUCCCCUUUGAUUGCAUUUUGCGCCGGGGAAGAGCUGUUAAAACAAGCCGGAGGGGGAAAGGAGGAACUUUAAAUAAAACUUUAAAAAAUCCACUUUUGAUCUUUAUGGAAGAGGGAAAAGACACUCCUCUGCCCUCCGACUUGGACUCCUUGAAGCAUUUUAGGCAAUUAACGGGGGAAAACCAAGAUGUGAGAGAUGAAACGUGCAUGCAAUUUUCUCCCAGUUUUAUUUUUAAAAGAAGUUGGAGAUCAUCUUUUUUCCUGCCACAUCCUUCUUUUUUGUCAGAAGAGGCAGAAGUGGAUGUGAGAGACAGAGACACUCAGAGACACACAGAGCGAAAGAGGGCAAGAGACUUGACUUUAAGAGACUCCUGCACUGACAACUCCAUGCAGUUCGGAACAAGAGCAGCAACAACCGAGCCUGGUUUCAUGGGGACAUGGCAGAACGCUGACACUAACCUUUUAUUCAGAAUGUCCCAGCAGGCCAUUCGCUGCACCUUGGUAAAUUGCACAUGUGAAUGUUUCCAGCCAGGGAAGAUAAACCUGAGAACCUGUGAUCAGUGUAAACAUGGCUGGGUGGCACAUGCUUUGGACAAACUUAGCACCCAGCAUCUGUACCAUCCAACUCAAGUGGAGAUUGUACAAUCCAAUGUAGUGUUUGAUAUCAGCAGCCUGAUGCUGUAUGGUACCCAGGCCGUGCCAGUGAGACUGAAGAUAUUACUAGAUCGACUCUUCAGUGUAUUGAAGCAGGAAGAAGUGCUGCACAUCCUGCACGGUUUGGGCUGGACACUUCGAGACUAUGUUCGGGGUUACAUCCUUCAGGAUGCUGCAGGCAAAGUGCUGGACCGCUGGGCCAUCAUGUCCAGGGAAGAAGAGAUUAUUACCCUUCAGCAAUUUCUGAGGUUUGGAGAAACCAAAUCCAUUGUGGAGCUGAUGGCAAUUCAAGAAAAAGAAGGCCAGGCUGUGGCUGUGCCAUCUUCAAAGACAGACUCAGAUAUAAGGACUUUUAUUGAAAGCAAUAAUCGAACCAGGAGCCCUAGUCUUCUGGCACACCUGGAGAACAGCAAUCCUUCCAGCAUUCAUCAUUUUGAAAACAUCCCGAACAGCCUAGCAUUUUUGCUUCCAUUUCAGUAUAUAAAUCCCGUCUCUGCUCCACUGUUAGGUUUGCCUCCAAAUGGUCUUCUGCUGGAACAACCAACGCUGAGACUGCGUGAACCAAAUAUUUCAGCCCAGAAUGAAUAUAAUGAAAGCAGUGAAUCUGAAGUAUCCCCAUCACCUUUCAAGAAUGAACAGAACUCCAACAGGAAUGCCUUGACCAGCAUCACAAAUGUAGAGCCCAAAACUGAGCCAGCUUCUGUGUCUCCAGUACAAACAUCGACCCCUGUCAGUGAUUUAUCCAAACCUGAACAUACAAAAAGCUCUUUCAGAAUUCACAGAAUGAGGCGGAUGGGGUCAGCAUCACGGAAAGGCAGAGUUUUCUGUAAUGCAUGUGGCAAGACCUUUUAUGACAAGGGUACCCUCAAAAUCCACUACAAUGCAGUCCAUCUGAAGAUCAAACAUCGAUGUACUAUUGAAGGUUGUAACAUGGUCUUCAGCUCACUUAGAAGUCGCAACCGUCACAGCGCUAAUCCUAACCCCCGACUUCAUAUGCCUAUGCUAAGGAACAAUCGAGACAAGGAUCUUAUUCGUGCCACAUCUGGUGCUGCCACCCCUGUUAUAGCAAGUACAAAAUCUAACCUAACAUUAACAAGUCCUGGUCGACCUCCAAUGGGGUUUACUACUCCCCCACUAGACCCUGUGCUACAAAAUCCUCUACCUAGCCAACUAGUAUUCCCAGCUUUAAAGACUGUACAGCCUGUUCCUCCCUUUUACAGAAGUCUACUUACACCUGGUGAGAUGGUGAGUCCUCCAACUUCAUUACCUACCAGUCCUUUAAUGCCAGUGGCUAGUACAGUAGAGCAGCCUCCCCUUUCUUCUUCAGAAUCAACAGUGCCAGCAUUGAUGAUGCCCACCCAUGAGAUGAAUACUGACCUUGCCCCGAAAAAAAAACCAAGAAAGUCAAGCAUGCCUGUGAAAAUAGAGAAAGAAGUUAUUGACACCGCUGAUGAGUUUGAUGAUGAAGAUGAGGAUGUUAAUGAUAACAGAAGUAUUGCAAAUGAUAUUGGUCUUGACAAUCACUGCCAUUCUCAAGAAGAAAUGAGCCCAGGAUUGUCAGUGAAAGACUUCUCAAAAAAUGGAAGACGAUGCAUUUCAAGGACAGAGCUAAGAAGAGCAGAUAGCAUGACAUCAGAAGACCAAGAGCACGAGAGAGACUAUGAAAACGAGUCAGAAUCCUCAGAACCAAAACUUUGUGAUGAAUCCAUGGAAGGGGAUGAGCACAUGAUGCAUGAGAGAAAUAAUAGAUCCAUGAUGAACCACCACAGGCCGGAUGAAAACCACAAUGAAGCUUCACAUCAUGAUGAAAUCAAGAUUAAGGAAGAGUUUACAGAUCCUACGUAUGAUAUGUUUUGCAUGAGCCAAUAUGGACUUUACAAUGGAGGUAGUGCUAGUAUGGCUGCCUUCCACGAAAGUUUCACUUCCACAUUCAACUACAACAGCCCCCAGAAAUUCUCCCCAGAAGGCGAUUUAUGCUCAAGCCCAGAUCCCAAGAUCUGCUAUGUUUGCAAGAAGAGUUUCAAGAGUUCCUACAGUGUGAAGCUCCACUAUAGGAAUGUUCAUUUAAAAGAGAUGCAUGUCUGCACAGUAGCAGGCUGCAAUGCUGCCUUCCCCUCAAGGAGAAGCAGAGACCGACACAGUGCUAACAUAAACCUGCAUCGUAAACUGUUGACCAAAGAACUGGAUGAUAUGGGACUGGAUACAUCUCAGCCCUCACUUAGCAAGGAUCUCCGUGAUGAAUUUUUGAUGAAGAUCUAUGGCGCCCCACACCAAAUGGGGUUUGAUUUAAGGGAAGAUACAUCCUCCCCUGCAGGUACUGAAGAUUCCCAUCUGAAUGGUUAUGGAAGGGGCAUGUCAGAAGAAUACAUGGUGCUAGACCUAAGCACCACAUCCAGCAUCCAGUCCAGCGGCAGCAUCCAUUCCUCAAGAGAAUCUGAUGCAGGGAGCGAUGAGGGGAUUCUCCUGGAUGAUGUUGAUGGGGCGAGUGACAGUGAGGAAUCAUCACACAAAACUGAUGCCCCAGCCUUAGGCAUUGGCCUGGGUGCUGAAGCCCCAGGAUCCCUCAUGUAUAACAGUGUUUCCAUGAACAACGUGGGGAUCUUGUGUAACAUUUGCCACAAAAUGUACAGCAACAAGGGGACUCUCCGAGUGCAUUACAAGACUGUGCACUUACGAGAAAUGCACAAGUGCAAGAUCCCUGGAUGCAACAUGAUGUUUUCUUCUGUCCGCAGCCGGAAUAGGCACAGUCAGAACCCAAACCUGCAUAAAAACAUUCCCUUCACUUCACUAGAUUAGUUCAAAGAUGGACAUGGCAAAUGCCAGCUCUCACAGAGGGCCUUAUUUCUUUGAACUGUAAUUUACAGACUAUUACUAUAAAUACAUAAAAAUAUAAAUAUAUAUAUAUAUAUCUUUUUUUUUCUUUUGUAAUGAAACAGAAAAACACCAGGUGCUUUUCUUCUUUUUUUUGUUACAGAUUUUCUUUUCGUGUGGGUUGGGGUAGUAUCUUUAACCUGGGAUGGUAUUUCCAUUACUAAAAAAAAAAAAAAUUAAACUGAUGAACAAAUUUGCUUUUUAAAGCCCUACUUUUGUUACGAGAUACAUGGUCAUCUCCAAAGAGACUGUUUCUUCUAACUGUGACUGUUGCCUGCCAUUUUAGAAAAGGAAAGGGUAAAAUAGAAAUCCCAAGGAAACAAAGCACUCCAGGAACAAACAAACAAAAAGAGCAACUUCUGUUGUCUUUGUGAAUUUUAAACCUUUGAAAAAACCAUCAACUACGCAUGGCUGUGACACUUGUAUAUAUAGAGCCUUGAGGGCCCAUGAUGUAAAACAGUUGUAUUGAUGGUGGUUUAACUUUUUUGUUUGGGGGGGUUACCUUUACAUUUACAUCCAGCUGUUAGAUAAGCGGGGGGGGGACGGGGGAAUAAUUUGCUGGCUAGCUCUAUUCAUUUAUAUUAGCUUCAAUGCACAUUUUUGUUUAAAAAAAUGAAAACACAAAGUCUUGUUUUAUAACUACCUGCUAGAGAUGCGUAAUGAGGUGGUGCUGGCAUGCUUUAGAGCACCAGAUCUGAUACAGGUUUGAGGGCUUGGUUAUUUUAUUUUUGUCUUGUUACUAUUACAUAAAUACAGUCAUGCACUUUUUUCUUACACAAUGUGGGGAUGUGUAAUAAUUUCCAUACCCUUUUUUCCCUUAAAAGUAUUGCCAUACUUUCAGUGUCUUAUUAAUUAAAAAAAAACUUUGUUAAAAAUGAUCUGGUCAGUAUGAAGCAGGAAUUCCAAACAAAAUGGAGGUGUUUGUGUUAACACUAAAGUGCCAACUUUGCACAAGUUUUCGGUAACCAAAAUGUAAUCAGCUACUAUAACCACAAUCCAAGAUUUUGCCUGCCCAGAAAAAAAAAACUUAGGAAUUUGGGAUCAAAGAAGGAAUACACAAAAUGUUCCUCUCAAGAUCCACAAAACAGAUUCAUAACUUUUUAAAACAACAACAACCACAACCAGAGAUAUGAGAGAAAGGAGAUGCUUCCUCAAUUGAGAAAGGAUCUUUCAGAAAAUAGGUGCCUAGUGCCUUUUCUAAAUGUUAUGGAGGCUGCAUUCUAGGACUGGAUUCUAUGCCACCCUUUUCCUCAGUGGCCAUCAGUGAGCCUCAAAAAGAUAAUUUAAUGGCCCCAUAUGAAUGAAAAGUUGUGCAAUGUGAUAAAUUGAACUGAAUGAAAAAAGGAAAUUCACCUAUCUAGUAUAAUAGGCAGAAGAGGUUGUUUUGCAUACUUCCUCUUACUCAAUGUAGCCAUCCACAUUGCAUGGCCUUUUAUCUAUGUAGGGCUCUCCAGUUUUUGGCAUUAUCUUUUUGAGGCUCACAGGCAGCUGCUGAAUGAAGAGGAGAAGGUUUUUUUCACCAGUGCCUUCCAGUGGUACUGUGUAGAAUACAAUCUGUAACUUCUGCCAGCCUACAUGACCCCAAGGCUUGUCCAAUAUUUAGAAAAAGCAAUCCAUGAUGUAAUGCAAUUCUAUCCAUAACUUCCAAAGGGUAUGGUAAUGCACAUCGUAUGAAGAUGUGUCACAUGUUUCUUUUUCUUUAACAAAUGGAGUGUGUCAGUAGGUGGGAGGGCAGCACCUAUGAGUCCCUUAUAAAAUUUCUUUUGGGCUUCAGUUACUUAAGACAGGGACAUAAAUUUCUGAAGUGAAUGAGUUGAGUCCUAAGGAGAAGCUUAUAGAAGGAGUUGGCAGAGUAGAUCUUUCCUACUUGUCCCUACAUUCUUCUAGAUACUUCAAAAAUAUUCUGCUGAAGGAUGCAGGGAUUUCAUAAAUGAAAUACCCAACAGCAUGGGGGCCUGCACUGAAUCCCCCUCCCUUCUCUGCUGGAAAAAUACUUUUCCUAUCACUAGUGAACAGUGGACAAUGGGGUGAUGCUGCCUGAUACCCCAUACUCAUUACAGGCCAUCAUUGUGCUUCUGUUUAUGUGGGUUCCACAGCAGACGAUUUUCAAGAAGAUGGCUGCUGAAAAGUGCAUGGGUGGGAAAAAACUGCCUCACUCCUGCAAGGUCUUCCCACAGGAUCCAACCCAACAUUUAUAUUCUGUAAUGAAAACUUGGGCCAAGCACUUUGUGCUGCUGUAAACAUAGUACUAUUAAGAUGUGUUUUUGUAGAAACAAUCAAAAGCCAUUAAUGGCACAAGCACUUAAACGCUUGGAAGAAGAUAUGUACUAUUCUUGUGGGUAACUUCCCUUCUGGAUGAAUCAACGCAAGGAGGAGGGACCCUCAAAUAAAUGUGGUUUUAGUAUUUUGUACUUUCCUAACAUGAUUUUUUUUUCAGACGAGAAUUACAGUAGAAUUAGGAAAGAGCACAUCGGAGAGGAUCAAAUGAUGGAGGAAGACAGGGAGAAGCUGCUCCCAGGUUUUUGUUUUUUUUUUGUUUCUAGUGUUUACACAUGUUGUCUGAGCAUGGCAAACCACACUGGCAGCCUCCAUUACCACAGCAUACUGACUGAAUGAUGAUAUUUACUUAAUCUCAGCCUACAGCCAAAACCAUUAUGGUGUGAUCAUGUAACACUUUUUAAAGGACUAUUUCCACAUUCUAACUUCAAGAGAGUGUUUUUCUUUCCUAGAACAUCUCUCUUGUAACUGCAAAACCAGAAAAGCUUGGGGCUUUUCAACUUCUGAGUUUGUCAUGUAACUUUAGUCACCGUUAAUUUCAUAUUGAUAUUAACAUUACUGUCUGUUAAUUUUACUCUGAGGAAACUAUCCCAAAUAAAUAGAUUCCUUCCGCUUGAUUAGACACAUUGGCAGUAAUCCAGCUAAGUACUUGUGACUAAAUCCAUUGGAACUAGUCAGUUGUGACUAAUUUAAAUCACUGAGGUCUCAAUGAGUAUUAGCCACAAUAGAUGAGUUGGAGAUUUAUGGCCCAAUCCAGAGAGGGAGGGGCUGAAGGGAGUUGUGGAGGCAGUGGGGUCCUGCUCUGGCGAAUUUGCUCUCCCCAGGGCACUUACCCUGGCAGAGGGGCAAAUGCACCAGAGGGUAGCCACUACAGUCUUUACAACAGCUUAGCAAGGCCCUUCAUGAUGGCAUACUGGGGGCAUUCCAGAGGCAUAGCUGGGAGCAGUGCUGUCAUUAGUCAGCUUCCACCCCAUUUUUGCCUCCCAGGACACAGGUGCUGAGAGCUUGGACUUACAAUACAUUUUUGGAUGUUGUAUGCUCAUUGAGCAUAAUGGAGGAGUUUUGAUCGGCCGGAAUGGGUGUUUUUUUUUUGUUUUUUGCCUCCCCACAGUACCAAAAAGCCCUCUAAAGGCAGCAGGGUGGUACCACAGUAGCGCUGUCUCUGGCCGUCCAAGGGCUCUGGAUUGUCCUGCUAGAAUGCCACAGUGAGCUAAUUUUCUGAAAACAAAAUAAGAUCAGUAGUUGCAGUAUCUCCAUGUGUGUAGAAAAAAUCUUUUGCAUUGAAAUGUUUUAUUUUGGGAAAAAUGCCUUUGUUUUCCAAUAGUGAACCAGAGUCUCAAAGUUAUCUUUGCAGAAUUUACAAGGUUACCAAUCAGUAUGUCUAAAAAUAUGUUUACAUCAGAAAUCUCCACAAUAUUUGCCAACUUGAUUUUUUUUCAAUUGUGCUUUGUCUUAAUUACUUUUGUUUAUAAUUGAAUGGAGAGAUGCUUUUUUUGUGCUGCGUAUGUACGAUAUGCUUGUGAAGGGGAACAUGGAACAGUAAAGGUGUGUUCUUCCCAAACAAACGAACCUUUGUAGUGUUAUCUGUACUGCACUGUCUCUUCAAAAUCCCCAAGCUAUUGGGUGCCAAGUUAAAAAGAAAUACUGAAAAGGCAGAACCAACAUAAAGAAAAAAUGGCAAAUGAUAUCUAAGGAACAAAACAAUACACUGUUUUUGAAGUAUGUAUGGUAUAAAUAAAUAUCGUUUUUAAUGAAAAACAUA